GAGCGGUAUGACGGCUGUGUGGUCCCAUGGUGUUUAUACUUGCGUACUAUUGUUUGUACAGAUGAAUGUGGUACCUUCAGGCGUUUGGAAAUUGCUCCCAAGGAUGAACCAGACUUGUGGAGGUCUACAAUUUGUUUUCAGAGUUCUUGGCUGAUUUCUUUUGAUUUUCCCAUGAUGUCAAGCAAAGAGGCACUGAGUUUGAAGUCAAGGUGUGAACCACGAGCUCUCUGAGGUUCUGAACCAGCUGUGGAGUCGGGAUACAAACCGUCUCAAACCUGGGACUGACUACACCAUCUCCCUACAGGGAAAGGCAGGUUACGUGGCCCAGGGUAGUAACACUGCCAGAGACAUGGCUAGGGCUCCUCUGUUCGCCUAUGUCAACGAGGGCAAACUGAAAAGCAUCAAGACCUACACCUUGUUCAUGCGUCUCCUGGACAACUAUGAGAUGUCUACAGGCGUGUCGGAGACCGUCACCUCUGAGGAGCUGAUAGAGAACGAUCUCUUCCUCAAUGCCAUUCUGGAGACCGAGGUCAUGAAGUGUGCCCACAAGUACCUGGUGAGUAAGGGUCACUCCCCGUCAGACCAGCAGCAGUUCAAGAGGCAGCUCUAUGACAUGUGGUUCAGACUCUAUCACCGAGACCGCAGUGGAGGUGAGGACUCCUGUGGUUUUGAGCAUGUGUUUGUUGGUGAGUCUAAGAAAGGGAAGGAGAUCACGGGGUUCCACAACUGGGUUCAGUUCUAUCUGCAGGAGAAGCAUGGCAAUGUGGACUACAAGGGUUACAAGGCCCAGGGCAACAGGAACACUCCAGAUGAGGAUGACCACGUUCUGAACCUGCAGUUCAGCUGGAAGGGCCUGGUCAAGCCUGUGGGAAGCUCCUUCAUCGGGGUCAGCCCAGAGUUCGAGGUCGCCCUCUUCACCAUUCUCUUCCUCGCGUCGACUGAGAAGGUGACCACGGCUGUGGUGAAGGUGGACGAGUACCUGCUAGAGAUGGUGGUGUAUCGUCAGGGGCGAUCCAUCGGAACCUCCUACCCCAAACUACUCAGCAGCAACAACAGGGACCUGUAGUGGGGAGAUCUACGCACCCUGAUUCUGAAAUCAGGCCCAAAUGGAACCCUAUUCCCUAUGUAGUGCACUGCUUUCAACCAGGGCCCAUAGGGCUAGUAGUGCACUAUAUAGGGAAUAGGGCGCCAUUUGGGGCUUAGCCAGAAUAAUCUGUCAUGUUGUUUUUGACACCAUAUUGUUAUUAGGUUGUGUUCUCCUCCAUCAAAUCCUUAACCUCGUUCCCAGGUUCAAUUAGAUCCUGGAUCAUUCAUUGUUUGCUCUAAACUAUUAUAUUAGAGAUUACAGUUGAUCCAGGACCAGGAUUGUGUCUCUCUCUGCUACCAGCUCUCCUUUCUGUCCUGAAUAUUCAGUUCUGGUCCUUGGUCUUUCACAAAGCAGAGGGCUGUUUUUAUUUUCUGUUAAGAAAACUACUAAAGCAUUUUGUCAAUCCAUUAAAACCAAGAUUUACCUGAUUGUCGAACAUUA